UCUUUUCCCAUCAAACCCUCUGCCUCUCUACCCCGCUCCUUACCUGCUUGCCCCCGCGUCUCCAUCUUCUUUCAUUCUACACACAACCCAGCACAAUGACUACCGGUGUAACUGUAAACGAUGAGGCGGUGGAGAUGUUCAACGCCUUCAAGCUGCACCGCGCGCCGCACGACAACCGAUACUUCAUCUACAAGAUCGAGAACGACGCCGAGAUCGUCGUCGACACCUUCGGCGACAAGACCAAGACUUACGAAGACUUCACGGCGUGCCUGCCGCCCAACGAGUGCCGCUACGGCGUGUUCGACCUGGACUUCACCACCCGGGACGGCCGCGAGGCGAACAAGCUGAUCUUCAUCUCGUGGUCUCCGGACACGGCCAAGAUUAAGAACAAGAUGGUGUACGCCGCCUCGAAGGAGGCGAUCAAGUCCGCUCUGAUGGGAAUCGGGAUCCACCUGCAGGCCACGGACCAGGGGGAGCUCGAGCUAGACUACAUCAAGUCCCAGGUCCAGAAGGUUUGAUUUCAUGGAACGAAAGGACGAAAUCGAGCACACCGCGUAACCGUGUAGCACGCGCUCCUUGGGUCUCGCUUCGGGAGAGGUGGAGCCGACGCAAAGCAACGGGAAAGAGGAGGCGUGGUUGAGACCUGGAGCAUCACCGCGCCUUCUCCUUCCCUAUCUAUGUUGCUCUUCAGGGGAGAGUGUUUAGCAACGGUGCGUGUGUGGUGCGUGUUGGAGAACUUGUUUUUUUUUGGUGGGGGGAUCGGGGUCACCCUAGAGGAGAGACGAGAGAGGUGGUGUCGGUGCGGAAAGUCGAAACGCGAAGAAGUGAAAGCGUCAUUCAGAGCACGUAGUUAUUUCGGCAGAGGUAUUUGACGGUGCAGGAACACAGUGUUGGGGCGGAGCAGCUCGCAUCGGAAUCGCAGGCGUGUCUCUCCAAGUGGGCGGGUGGGGGCUGCUGCAGAAGGGGUUUCCCUUCGAGCCGAGCCCGAAGUUGAUGGCGCCCCGUCCCUCCAACCGGCGAAUAUUCAUUUCGUUUCCCGCUUUUUGUAUAGUUCCCUUUGCCGAGGCUGUUUGUUCGAUGAUGUAGCGCCUUCGGGGCUUGAACCGCUUUAACUCGAAGCGGCCGCCUCGCCCCCCGCGUGGUCGUCGCUUUCUCCCCUGCCCAGAGUUGUAUACAGUUGAUGAAAGUUCUCAAAAAAAAAAAAACUGAAAUUGAUUAUGAUCCGGAUCACCAGAAAAUUUUGGACGACACUCUUUCUUGUUUUGGUUGGUUGUCUUUGCCUGCUGGUUCUGUGGAUCUUCUAUUUCUGUUUUUGGUUGUUUCACGUUCUUGUAUUUUCGUUGGCAUAAUCGUAGCACAAACAUGAGCGUCGGAUGGGUUAGGGGGGGGGUGCGCGUCGGAGGGCAAUUGGUUGUUCAGAUUUUGGUAAUGGGAUAAGGUCAGAAACUACCCGGGCGGAGAAAUGGCGCCGUCGUAGGGGGGGGGAGGGAGAGAGGGGCACGUGGAGGAAGGAGGAGGGUUUGUGUUCCGGAUCGCGUGUCGAAAUUUUCGGCGCCUGGUGAUUCGUAGUGCCACUCGCUCCGGGUGGUGUCAUUGUUGCUUGUGUAGCGAGAAAUGGCGCCGAAAAUUAGGAGGACAGUAUUUUCGCCAAUCGUGAGGCACGAGAGCUGUUCUGGAUGUGUACAAUCAAAGAUGGGCUAUCAGCAGUCCCCAGGCUUCGCUGGCAAGAAGGUCUGUACUUUUUCGGUUAAAGGCCGGCAGGGCGAGGAGGGAUGUUUCCCCCAAUCUCCCCCCCCCCCCCCCCCCCCC